AUGCCUCGAAACUCGUACAAGAAUCUUUGCAUCUACUACGGCUCGCCUGACUUCGGUUAUGUGGGUGCCCACUCUCGCGAAGAGGCUGAGAAGACCUCCAACACAGCCAACACUACUUUGACCGAUACCAAGUACCAAUCCAACCAGCCUGUCCCCCAGGUUUCCGAUGACUCUGCCGAUAAAAAGCAGGAGGAUAUGAAAAUCAAAGGCUUUGCCAGCCGGGGUGGUCCCUCUGACAACAACACCGCUGUUGGUCACGAUGCCCAGGAAUCGAACAAGCGGGGCCGCGAUGAGAAGAGCCCUGACUUCUCUCCGAGAAAGAUGAAAACCGACGAGAUGAAACAGAAGAGGAAGCCUAGGAAGGAGGAGAAAAGGAAGAAGCUGGAGAAAGAGGGGAAUAAGGAGAAGAAAAAGAAGAAGCAGACCGCCGAAUAUGAUACAGUCCUUUAA